AUGGUUUCGUACCAAGCAGACCAGCCGCCGCGUAACCCGGCCAAAGGGGACUCGUCAGCCAAUCCAGGCCAGCACGCGACUGUAAACCAGUGGCUUAAUGACGAGGAAAACAAUGUCUGGAAACAUGAAUCAGCAUCUAGUGGCGAUAAUACCCCGAAAACAGACCCCAGAAAGAACAACACAAACGAUAUCCCCAGCAUCCUCCGCCCCGGCUUUGGAAACCCCAACCAACAGCCCAACCAUAAUGUCUGGCAAAGCCACACUACAAGCAAGACCUCAGAACCUACCGUUCAGGAUGAUAUCCCUCAAGCGCUAAAGCCUGCGGUUACAGGGAGUGGCUUGAAUCCAUUCCGUACUGGUAGUACUCCAGCCAAAACACCACCACAUAUUACCGUCCAAUCCCCAACAGAUUCAUUCGCUAGCUUGUCUAUUAACCAGGCGAGCAAUAAUCCCUGGGGUGCGUCUUUGCUUACUCAAGCGUCUGAUGUGCCAAAGACUGUACCACAACUUCUUCCCGAAGCGACUGAUCAAGAUCCAUGGGCAACACAGGAACCAAUUGAAAUGGACGCCACCCCGAUACAGCACGCCGUCAAUGUACCAGGGAACUUGGAUGGAAGCUCUGCUUGGACGGAACAGGCAAAUACAAGUCCUGCACCUACGUCCGUAAACCCAGCUGUGUCAACCAUGUCCCCAGAAGCCAAGGAUAUGCUUAGAGAGGAACACCAGGUCUGGGGAGAUGCUGCGGGUGCUGGCAAAAAGACAAAGGGGAAACGAAAGGACGACGACUCAGACGACGAAUGGAAUAUGAUUGAUUCAGAGACUUCAUCUAUUGCCCCCGAUGAUGAGUUUAAAGAUGCGCCAACCACACAGGCAGCCGGAAAACAAAAAGAAGGGGCUUUGCCUGCUGCUGUACCUUUUGCAGCCCCGUCUACCGCAGCAACCUCCGAUACAACCUCAAAGCCAUUUGAAACACCAGUUUCCAGAAGCGACGAUCUCCUCAUAGAGGGAUUGGAAGAAACACUCCCUACUAUAGAACAGCAGACAGGAGUUACGCCGACAAGCCCUGACGUACGGCCGGCUCUGCCUCCGCGAGAUAGUGCUGGGCCUGACCGAUGGGUGCUAACGAGACAAGCGGUCGAUGGCAAGGCCGAGACUUACCAAGUCAAAAACAUACGAUGGCAUGAUGUCAACGCUCGCAAAAACCCUCGAAGCUCCCCUAUCCUUAUUCAAAACGAAAACGGGCCUUGCCCUCUUGUGGCACUAGUGAAUGCUCUGACGCUGACUACGCCCGAGGACGUAUCAGACACAGCACUGGUCCAUACUCUUAAAUCUCGCGAGACGGUCAGCUUGAGCCUUGUGCUUGAUGCAGUAUUUGAUGAGCUCAUGUCCCCCAGGCGGAUGUCUUCGGAAGAUGCGCUGCCAGAUGUGACUGAGCUGUACGCCUUUCUCCAGAGCCUCCACACAGGCAUGAAUGUUAACCCUCGCUUUAUCCCUACCCCGGAAAUGAUAGCUGCAUAUAAACGCAGCUCACUGACGCAUUUACAUCCUUCACAAAGAGAACUCCUGAUGCCUGGUACAUUUGAGAACAGUUUGGAAAUGCGAUUGUACGCGACGUUUUCGAUCCCACUAAUCCACGGAUGGCUUGCACGAAAGACGGAUCCUGCCUAUGAGGCCUUUGAACGUCAAGCAGCUACUUACGAAGACGCACAGAAUCUGCUAUUCCGCGAAGAGGAACUGGACCAUAAGCUCUCAGGCCAGGGGCUUUCGCCAUCGGAACAACAGUUAUACCACGACAUUAUGACCAUCAAAAUGUUUAUGACGGAAUCCGCAACACAACUCACACACUGGGGCAUUGAGGUAAUUGGAAAGGCUAUUCGCCCGGGAACAUUUGCCAUUCUGUUCCGCAACGACCACUUCAGCACACUCUACUGCCACCCUCAGACAAUGCAGCUUAUGACGCUGGUGACUGAUGCAGGUUACAGAAGCCAUGAUGAAGUGGUGUGGGAAACCCUUGCCGAUGUAAACGGCGAAAGGACUGAGAUGCUUUCUGGGGACUUCCGCCCGGUGGGAUCCGGGCCUGUAGUAGGAGGAUCAAGCAGUUCUACCUUUGUCGGUGACGAUGCUGGGGGUAUGUGGACGACUGUGCAAAAGGGCAAGCGCGGAAAAGCACCGCAACAAUCCAUGGACGCACCAGCCACUAGCCAGGAAGAGCAGGAAGACCGAGAUCUGGCCCUCGCCCUGCAGCUCCAGGAAGAGGAAGAAGAGCGCGAGCGAGAGGAGAGAGAGCGACGACGGCAAGAAACGCUAUUGUCAGAGCAGUUUAUCGAACAGCAGGCACAGCAACCACAGCCAGUCAACCGCCACGGCCGACGACGCAGCUCCAACAACAACUUUACACCACCGAAUCUUUCUUCAAACACGGUCAAUAUACCCAUCACAGGAAGCGGUCGCCCCAGCAAUAGCAGCACACAUAGCCUUCAACGGCCAUUGAGUGGCCAACCGGCUCCUCAACCGGUCCGCAUGCAAGAAGUGCGGCCACUGGUACCGCCACGCCGCCCUGGAGUGCACCGCCCCGAGGAUCCGUCUGAAGAAGCACCGCCGUCCUACGAGCAGUCGGCUCAUGACCGCACCUAUGCGCCACCAUCGAACCCGCCACCAUCGAACCCGCCACCAUCGAACCCGCCACCAUCGGGUCUCGGGGGUCCUCCUUCCGGGCCGCCUCCCGGACGGAUGAGCCAAGCACCAGGCGUGUAUCAGCGGCCAAUGGGAGGGCGGACGCCUGCUAUGCUGGGGAGCGCAAGCAGUGCUCAUUUACGAGAUCGGGACCGGGACUGUGUUGUAAUGUAA